GCGCGCGAGAGAAAGGAGUCGUCGAGGGAGAAGAGGUCGCACAGUGGAAGGAAGCGUUGCUGCCUUCUCUGCCGUCGUGGGUUCGCCGUAGCCGUGGAGGAUGCUGGAGUGAGGGUGAGUCAGAGCAGAAAGAGAGCAAACGGAAUCUGAGUAGAGAGAGUGAGAGACGCGAUGGAGGGAUGAGGGAGGAGUUGCCGUUGCUACUGAACCGCCGUGGAGCCCCAUCGCCGUCAGAUCCAUCUCCGUUCCUGUUGCCGUGGUGGUGGCAGUGCCUCUGGUCGCCGGAAAACCACCACUACUCCUUCAGCCCCGCCCCUGUUUCAUUAGGCUUUGCUGCUUUUCAUGGUGAGACUGAACUUGUUUUGCCUCCUUCACCAUGUCAGUUGGUUUUAGUUUCACCUAAUAUCCAUUUCAUGUUAAUUUUAAUUUGUCAGAAUAAACUAUUACUGUUCGGUGUUGAUGUUGCUGUUGGUACUACUGCUGGUUCUAAUGCCAUUGCUGCUGAAGCUACUGCUAGUUCUGAUUUUGUUAUCUUGGUACAAAUGGUUGUAAUUGCUUUUAAUUCCUAUCCAAUUUGAAUCUUCCAUUUUGUUGCAACCAUGGCCACUGCCGUUCUAGUUGCGUGAGAGUCGUAGCCGCUGCAGAAUAAGGUGAAAAGAGGGUUUAUUGCAUUAAAAUCGCUGCGGGUUUGAUUCUUUGAGCUUUACCUUUUCAGGAACUGGAUGAAGAAGCAUUAAGAAGAGUUAUACUGCGU